AUGAGUCACAAUGUCAAUCAACAACAACAAUCUCCUGUGAUUGCGUAUCCAGCAAUGGAUCAGAGCAACCCCCAAGUUGCUCCACCACCACCAAUGGGGUACCCUACAAAGGAUGAUCCUCAACAAACUGUUCCAGUCAAAACAACUACCAGGGGUGAUGGUUUCUGGGAAGGAUGUUGUGCUGGAUUAUGUUGCUGUUGUGCCAUUGAUUGUUGCCUCUGA